AUGGUUAACAAAUUUGUAUUGGUGCUCCUCCUGGCUUCUCUGGCAUAUUGCCAAGAUGACACUCAACUAGAGGAACUGGUGAAGCCUGAAAUUGGGUGAGACAAGGAAUUACUUGACCUUUACUUUGAGGAUGAAAAGAAAUUAGGUGAAGUUCAAGAUGCUCAGCUUAUUGAGAUUUCUGAGGAUGAAACUCUUGGAGUUGACUUCCGUUUUAUUAGGUAUUGGAAGUAUAAAGAUUCAGAAGAUGGUAAAAUUAAAGAUUUUCAUAAAGAAAAUGGGAAAUUAGUUACUGGAUGGCAAGGAGCUAAAAAAAUCAAGGACAAAGGAAAAGAGAGCGGACAAGAGGAAAAUGAAGAAAAUAUAGAACUAGAUGGAUCAUAUUUGUAUGGGUAUAAAAUCAGUCCAAAUUGCACAACUUCUGGAUGUUUUGAUUUGGCAUCCAACGUGUAUAUUGUCUUCUAUGGAAUUCCGAAUGCAACAACAAGUAAUGAAGAUGCAAGUUCUGUAAGCUAUUAUGGAAUAAUCAAGCUUCCAAAAUCAAAGAUCCAUCAGAGCUUUCCCUUCAAGUAUUGGUUUCAAAAUAAUGAUGUUGAGAAUGUCGAAUUUGACUUUUGAUCAGAUAAAAAAUUGCAAAGAGUUAUGUCUGAGGUUAGUUAUUCUCUAUCAGAAGGACUAGAGCAAACUUUCAAUAUUAAUCCAUACCAAAGUAACUCAACUCAUGAUUCUAAAGAGGAAAAAUCUAAACUACAUGAAUGUUCUAAAGAUGAUUGAAAGCCUCAGAAGGAGAAAGAUAAGAUAUUUUCAAUGAUCUUUAAACUUGAAGCAGCAAAGCCAACUCCGAAUAAGUUGAUAUCCAUCCCACUGUGUAUGGUUGUUCUUAUUGUCUUCUGGAUAAUGGGAAUAAAUCAGAAUUACGAAUGCAGGAAUUUUAAUAUAAUUAAUACUUCAAUGAAAGAGAGGCUUCACAAGCUGAUUACAUUCACCUUUGUCCAAGUGACAAUCGUGCUUGUGAUGUAUACGAUAGCUGCAUCCUAUCAAUAUCUUGGAGAGGUUAUCUAUGUCCCAAAUUUCCUGAUUGGCAACUGGGGGUUCUACAUCUCAGCUAAUAUUGGGUAUACUUUUUGCAAUGAUAGAGGUGUUUUGAAACAAAUAAUCAGGAACUUCUGUUGAAUUCUCCUUACAUGAGUAUUUGUCCUACUGAUUGUGAUAAUUGUAAUUUUUCCAUUGGCAGCAAGCUAUAUAUUCUUUUCACUUAAGGAAGCCAGUCUUUUAACUAACCUGUGGUGGUUUUUGGUGUUAUUCAACUUUCUUAUUAGGAAGAGAUAUGCCAUUAACGUAGGACACUCAAUAUUAAUUUCUAUAACUAUAUCUUUCUCUGGAGUUCCUUUUGCCAGAUCUUCAGAGUAUUUUCCAACUUAUAGCUAUUCAUAUGCUUUUGCCCUUUUAUUCGUACAUCUCUGAGGAAUUCUUGUGAUUCAGACACAAGCCAAAUAUGGAACAAGAUUCUUCUUACCAACAUUUCUGAGAAGAAACUUAUAUGAUAAGUACAUGAAGAAACUCACUCAUUUUAAUGACCAAGAAUGUGGCCAAUUCUGUCAAAUAUGCACAAACCCUCUCGACUAUCCAGAGUUAGAAUACCACGACGUAUCUGAAACAUACAAAUUCCUUAACUUCGGAGAAGGCGUGUACAUCGAAACCCCCUGCUCACACACUUACCACCCAAACUGCUUAUUCAAGAUGAUCCAAGAGACAAAUCCCCAGUGUCCCGUCUGCAGUCACGAGGUCCCUGUUUAUGACUUUGACGACUAAUUCAACUAAGG